AUGGUGCUUUUCCUCGAUGGCAUCUGAUGAAUUCUUCACUGGUAAACACUUAACAGGUCUGCCAAACAUCUCACCUCCCAUGCCACCGGGACGCCUCCAUGGCGAUGUUCAGCAGUGCAGAGAGGCCCUGGAACGAAUCAGACGGUCUCGGAUGGGACGAGAGGAAUGAGAGCUCAGAGGCAUGGGGGCAGGAUGAACGUAACUACUACGCCAUGCUGUACUCCCUGCUCAUCCUGGCCAUCGUGUUUGGAAACGUGCUGGUGUGUCUGGCUGUGCUCAGGGAGCGUUCCCUCCAAACGACCACUAACUACCUGGUGGUCAGCCUGGCUGUGGCCGACCUGCUGGUGGCAUCGCUGGUCAUGCCUUGGGCUGUGUACCUGGAGGUGGUCGGCGGCGCCUGGCUUUUCAGCCGGCUCUACUGUAACAUCUUUGUCACGCUGGAUGUGAUGAUGUGCACCGCCAGUAUCCUCAACCUGUGUGCUAUCAGCAUUGACAGGUACACUGCAGUGGUGAUGCCCGUCCUGUACAACACCACCCAUCGCUCCAGGAAGAGAGUUUUUGUGAUGAUUGCCACCGUGUGGGUCCUGGCCUUCGCUGUCUCCUGUCCCCUGCUGUUUGGUUUCAACACCACAGAUGACCCCAUGGUGUGCUCCAUCUCCAACCCCGACUUUGUUAUCUAUUCCUCGGUGGUGUCCUUCUACCUGCCGUUUAUUGUCACUCUGCUGGUCUACAUUCGCAUCUACGUCUUCCUCAGGAUGAGGCGGAAGAGGAUCACCUUCGGCCAGGCCAGCGGAAAGGUGCAGCCAGGCUUAACUCCACCCUCUGUGGAGACUUGUCUACAAGAGGAGACUCCCAAGGCAAAGCAAGACCUGUCACCUAUACGGAUUAAAGUGGGUGUAGAGCCCUCAGAUACCUCCAAGCCCAGCCUGCUGUCAGGGUGCCUGUGGCGCAAACGGCCAAAGACGGGACCUGUGGAGAACUCUGUGCUGCCCCAAGUGGACACACACAACUGCUGCAGCAUCAGCCACGCCUCCUGCGGUCGCACCGAGCUGGAUCUGGAGCAGGAGCGAGGGGAGGAGGAGGAGGCGGAGGGGAACAGCCAGCAUGGACAGCCUCCUGUCAGGAUGAGCUGCGAGGUGAAGGAUCUGUCCAAUGGACGAACACACACGUCACUGCGGCCGGUGCCUCAUUCUCAUAACAACAAUCCACGAUUCAGGAGCAUGCACGCACGGGAGAAAAAGGCCACUCAGAUGCUGGCCAUUGUGCUUGGGGUGUUUCUCAUCUGCUGGCUGCCUUUCUUUGUGACUCACAUUCUGAACACCCACUGCAGGACAUGCUACGUGCCUCCCGGGCUUUACAGUGCUUUCACCUGGCUGGGCUAUGUCAACAGUGCCCUAAACCCUGUUAUCUACACCACCUUCAACAUCGAGUUCAGACGGGCCUUCAUCAAGAUCCUCAGCUGCUGAGGGGGACGGAGUGCCAGGAAAUUAAAAUGGAAAUGAGGCUGUGCACUCAUGCUACAACUCCGUCGUGGUGCAUGUGGUAGCAGUGACCACAGCUGUGCACUGGUCAUGGUCAUGGGACACAA